GUGAGGGCCGUUGUUCGGUUGAAGUGGCUCGAGCUAGGCGCCGCCGCUGUCGGCUCUUGCCUGGUCCUGCCACCUCCGUCCCACUGGCGGCAUGGCCAGUCUGAAGCGUGGCCUAGCGCAGUGCACAGCCGCCGCAAGCAUCGGCAUCGCCGGGGACGUCGGCAUGCAGAUGCUGGAGGGCAGCGCGCUGCUGGGCGCGGACGUCCCCCGUGCCCUCCGCUUGGCCGCCUACCGCGCUGUGCAGGCGCCCGUUGUGGAUCGCAUUUGGCAGGCGUUCGACAGGCUCAUCCUCGUCAAGGGCCUCCCUGGCGCUGCUGCGAAGGCUCUGGCCGAUCAGUGCCUGAUCAUGCCGCCCUCGCUGACCAGCUUUUUCGUCUCCCAAGGGCUGAUGGAAGGCCUCUCGUGCCUGCAGAGCCUCGAGCGCGCCCAGCAGUCUCUGCUGCCGGCCGCCCAGGCUGCCGUCCCGUACUGGCUCUCGGUGCACAUGAUUACCUUUUCCGUGGUGCCGGAGCACUUACGCAUCGUCUGGGCGUCCCUGUGCGCGACGCUAUGGAACGUCCUUUACGCCUCCCCGACGCAUGUCGCAUGCGAACGCCCAGGCUCGGCUCCGAGAGGGCCGGUGCCCGCGCGAGACCCCCGCGGCACGGUGAGCCGCGGUGGGCCGCGCACUGCCGGGGGCGCGCCGGCCGCCCCCGUGCCGCCAGGCGGCCGGCAGACGCCGCCCAGCCUUCACCGACCCAAAUCCCUGGGCACGCAGCCGGCCGAGGCGGCGCUGCUCGCUCCGUCCGCGCCGUCGUGGCCGCCGGCGCGCAGGGCAGCGGGCCGCCGGCCGCCUCGGCCCCCGCGGGCGGCAGGCAGCGGGCGCCGGCGCGUCCGUGGGGGGGUGUCCGCCGCUCCCCCCGGGUGCCUCUCUGGCGGACCCGGGGUCCGGGCGCCUCGUGGGGCCGGCCUGCCCCUCGGGGGCCCCCAAGCGGGGUAGUGACCACAGGUGAUCGACGGGGCCUUGGCUGCUCCAGGUUGGCGCUGGCCCGGGCGGCUGCUCGCCAUGCCCGCACGAGCGUGUUCUCGCUGCAGCGGGGGACGCCACGCGCGUCAUGCCCCUCCUGGAGGGUUUCUCCGAAGGUCUUCGGCGACCCGUCCUCCUCCUCUCUCCUCCUGCUCCUCCUCCUCCUCCUCCUCCUCCCUCCUCCCUCCUCCUCCUCCCUCCUCC